AAUCAUUACAGCCCUGUGCGUUGACUGGAAACAUGAAACCCACACAAAAUUAAAGUUAGAAAUCGGGACUCGAAAUCGCCAAAAUGUCCAGCAAUCAAGUGAAUUCACAACCGGAUAUGGAAACGGAAGCGCCAGCCGCGGUUGAUGUGGAGGUCGAACCAGAAGUGCUCUCGAGAGCCAGUGUGGCCAGCUCGGUAGAAGAGACAGCACCCAGCACCAGUCAAAGUCCAUCGGGAAAAUCCACCGAGGCACCACUCACUGGUUGUGUGGUGCGAAUCAAGCGCGAACUGCAGGACAUUCGGAAAAAUCCGCCGCCGAAUUGCUCCGCCGAUUUGCAUCACGGGGAUCUUCUUCACUGGACGGCAGGUGUGAACGGGCCAGUUGGCUCCGUUUACGAAGGCGGUCAUUUCCGGCUGGAUAUACGAUUUCCGGCCAGCUAUCCCUUCCGGGCGCCACGCAUUCGGUUCACCACCCGGAUAUACCACUGCAACGUGGACAGUCGCGGCGCCAUUUGCCUGGAUGUCCUCGGCGAACGAUGGUCCCCUGUGAUGAAUGUGGCCAAGGUUCUACUUUCUAUUUACGUGCUAAUGAGUGAGUGCAAUCCAGAUGAUCCACUAGUCAUGUGCAUUGCCGAUCAGUACAAGACCAAUCGCAGGGAGCACGACAAAAUUGCUAGACACUGGACCAAGCUGUUUGCGAUGACCAAGGCUCAGGAUAAGAACAGAGAAAAGGAUGCGGAUCAGCAUAAUGAGCAAAACCAGGAAGAAAGUUCAAUGCCAGGUCAGCAAGGAAAUUAGCAGUGACCAAAGUAACCAAUCAAAUAUAACCUAAUAACCUUAAAUACCAUUAUAAAAUAAACAUAUCAAA